AUGACACCCCCUCCGCUGCUGUGGAGACUGCUGGUCCGACUGGAGGAGGAGCACAAGGAUGUGAGCUGCACGUGCAAUCGCGGACCACCAGGUCCACCUGGAGAUCCUGGACGAGAUGGCAUUGAUGGACUCGAUGGCACUCCAGGUGAUAUCGGACCUCCUGGUCCACCGGCUCCACCAGGUCCUGAUCCUUCGACGCUCUUCCCACCGCAGUGUCCCUGCGAAGCACCGCCUGGCGAACCCGGA